AUGUUCCGCAACAGCAUGUAUGACCAGCUCUUUCUCCACCGGGACAAGCGCCAGAGCAAACCCUAUAAUGACGACUUGAAGGUCAUCCUUGUGAGCCGCUCCUCUCCUUUUGAUUUUGUUCUGACCGUUCAGGAGGAAGGAGGCGAGCUGUAUGUGGACCCCAACGAGGACGGUAUCGGCGCCAUUCUCGUCGCCGCCGACGACAUGGUCCACCAAGGCCCCCACGCUUGCAUCACCUACCGUCCCAAGAACCCCCAGGCCUAUUCUCCCAACCACCUCGGCAAGCGCGUGCGCGACGCGGACAGCCUCGUCGACACCUUUACCCACGCUCGCGGUGGCAUUCCGGUGCUGGCCGUCGGCUGGCUCCAGCACUGCCGCAACCAGGGACGUGUGGUCGACCCAGAGGAGAACUGGGGCGGAUGGCGUGUGGUCAACGAGGACGAGAACGAGGACGAAGCCAGGGCCGACCGCCCCACCCAGCGUCUGCCCGCCGAGCUCUUUUGGCGCCGCGGCCGCAGCAUCCACUUUGCGCUGGCGGGCGAGCUCACCUCGAUCGUGCGCGACCUCGAAGCCCACGGCGGCAAGGUGGUCGACAUCCAGGACGAGCCAGACUUCAUCCUCGUCGAUGCCCCGCCCCGCCAGCUCUUUGACGACAAGCGCUGGGUGCAGCGUCUCCAGAAUGCAGCCACCACCACCGACACGCGCAUCGUCUCCGUGCUCUGGUUUACCCACUGCAUGGAACUCGGCGACCGCAUCCCGACCGACAAGUAUGCCAUCAAGCUGCCCACCGUUGGCAAGCGCUAG